UAUAAUAUCCUCUUCUGCAUUAAAACAAAAUGGCGAAACUCAAUUCUCACUUCCUUUCUCUUGCACUCUUCUUCUUGUUCUUGUCUCCUUCAUCUGCACACUACAAGGUCACUGAACCUUCUUCUGAUCCUCCUGCUGCUGAUCCUUUGUCUCCGUCUUCUUCUGAUCCUCUUUCUCCAUCUUCUUCUGAUCCUCUUUCUCCAUUGCCAUCUUAUGCCGAUUCUCCUUUGCCAUCUAAUUCCGAGUCUCCUCCAUCAACUUAUACUGAUACUUCUUCUAAUUCCGAUCCCUCUUCUAAUCCUUUGAUGGGUAAGUUCAAAGGCCUCUUCUCCAAAGUAUUUGCUUUCGGUGACUCAUACACUGACACUGGAAAUGCUAACUUCAUGGGUGGCGGCCCCCUGAGUGGCCUGAUGGGUGGCCAGGGGGGAGGCAUGGGUGGCCCCCUGAGUAGCAUGAUGGGUGGCAAGGGCCCCCUGAGUAACAUGAUGGAAGGCAAGGGCCCCCUGAGUAGCAUGAUGGGUGGCAAGGGCCCCCUGAGUAACAUGAUGGAAGGCAAGGGCCCCCUGAGUAGCAUGAUGGGUGGCAAGGGCCCCCUGAGCAACAUGAUGGAAGGCAAGGGCCCCCUAAGUAACAUGAUGGAUGGCAAGGGCCCCCUGAGUAGCAUGAUGGGCGGUGGUAUGGGUGGUGACAUGGGCGGUGGCAUGGGUGGUGGCAUGGGUGAUGCUAUUAAACAAGGGUCCGAUGCUAUUAAACAAGGGAUCAAUAAAGGCCACAAGGUGGUUGAUUACCUCUGUGAUGCUUUUCAAAUUCCCCACUUGUCACCCUAUAAAGACGGUAAAGGAGAUUUCAGUCAUGGUGUGAACUUUGCAUUUGGCGGUGGAUUGCCAGGCCUUUCUGACCACUCUCAGCAGAAUGACUCAAUGCCUCACUCAAUUUUGUUUCAAGGGGUAGCUAAGGCCUUGCAAACUCAGAAAGAAUGGUUUCAUGAUUAUGUCCAAAAUAUGGCAUGCAAGGGGAAGGAUGAGAAAGCCUGCAAGGAGGACAUUGGAAAAGCCCUCUUCUGGAUUGGUGCCACAGGUGUCAAUGAUUAUACUCGGAUUUCCAGUUUUAAUAUGUUUAACCUUCAGAAGCUUGCAGAUAAUUGUAUUAUUCAUAUCAGCCAACUUAUGAAGGAAUUGUUAAAUAUGGGUGCAAAGAACAUUGUGGUUCAUGGUCUACCACCAGUAGGGUGCCUUCCAUCAGGUGUUUCACUAUGUCCACUGAAAAAUUUCGAUAAAUUGGGGUGUUCUUUGGCCAUCAACACAGGAGUAAUGAUCCACAACAAAAUCCUUCAAAGGAUGAUUGUGAAGUUUCAUGAUCAGUACCCUGAUGCGAAAAUCUUGUAUGCUGAUUACUGGAAUGCAUUCCUUAAAAUUUUGACACAUCCAAAAGAGUAUAAUUUCUUAGAGACCACCAAGGCAUGUUGUGGAUCUGGUGGUGGCCAAACCAACUUUAAUGUGAAUCAAAUGUGCGGCGCGCCUGGCACAUUCACCUGCAAGGACCCUAGCAAGUACAUGAGUUGGGAUGGGAUCCAUCUCACCGACGCAAUGCAUCAGCACAUUUCUGAUCUUUUCCUCAAUCAGAACUUCUGCAAACCAUCGUUCGCUGAGGCUUUCAAGAGUAAGAUUGGCAUGUAGAUGUUUCAUGUCCAUUGUUGCCCUUUUUUUUCUUUUUAAAAAUAAGUUACCCUGCUCCGGAUGGCUUCAUUCAGAGAGCAAGUGAAUAAAUCUCUGUCCCUAGAGAAUUUUGUAGGUUAGUGACAAUGUAUGUCUACCUUAUAGAUUGUAUAGUGCUGUCAGAGAUCGAUGUAGCUUGUGUAAUGCUGUCAAAGACAUCCAUUGUAUUAACUAUUCUAAGGAAUGUUAUUUAUAAAAGGCUACUAUUGCUUUCUUUU